CAACUGCCCUUUACUUUCUCUCUCUAUCUCUAGCUCUCAUUAAUCUCAAAUCUCACAUCAAGCUUUUCCAUCUCCAUAUGAACUUCAUCUUCUUAAUCACUCUCUUUUCAUUUGCUUUUCCCAGAGUGAUUUCCGGAGCUACAUUUACAUUAAUAAACAGAUGUCAUUACACCGUUUGGCCCGGAAUUCUAGGAACUUCUAAACUGGAUUCCACCGGUUUCGAACUACUUCCAGGUGGAUUACGCUCCAUAAAUGCUCAACCCGGUUGGUCCGGCAGGUUCUGGGCUCGAACCGGCUGCAAUUUCGACCCAAUAACAGGUCAAGGAGCCUGUACAACCGCCGACUGCGGCUCCAACCAAGUUGAAUGCAACGGUGCCGGAGCAAAACCUCCGGCGACCUUAGCAGAGUUCACAGUCGGGUCAAACGGGGCACAAGAUUUCUACGACGUGAGUUUAGUCGACGGUUAUAAUUUGCCGAUGAUGGUUCAGGCGAACGGUGGGACCGGCGGCGGGUGUGGGUCGACCGGGUGUAUAACUGAUUUGAACCGGAUGUGUCCGAAUGAGUUAAGGGUUGGUGACGGUUUGGCAUGUAGGAGUGCUUGUGAGGCGUUUGGUAAACCGGAGUAUUGUUGUAGCGGCGAGUUUGGGUCGCCGGAGACUUGUCGUCCUUCGCCUUAUUCGGAGAUUUUUAAGUCGGCGUGUCCAAGGUCGUAUAGUUACGCGUACGACGAUGCCACCAGUACUUUUACAUGUACCGGAGCUGAUUAUUUAAUCACGUUUUGUCCCACGUCAUCUCCGAGUCAAAAAUCAACAAAUUCUUCUACACCGGUUACGAAUAAUGGAGCACCCGUAAUAGUAGAUGGGUCAGGACCCGGGUCGACGAGUAGUCCAAAUUGGGACAACGGGGGAUCUUGGAUGCCAAAUUUUGUGAUGGAAGGGGGUUCAUUAAAGAUGAUUCCAAAUUUUAUUACAUUUGUAGUCUUAUUUUUGUAUUACUUGUAGCAAUUUUAUGGACAUUUUUCUCUCCAUUUAAUGUAAAGAC